AUGGCCAUGGAGGCAGCUCUCGUGAGCGUGGCGACGGGGGUCCUCAAACCUGUCAUAGGGAAGCUGACCACUCUGCUCGGCAAUGAGUACAAGCGUUUCAAAACAGUUCGCAAGGAGAUCAAGUCCCUCACUAAUGAGCUCGCCGCCAUGGAGGCUUUUCUCCUCAAGAUGUCGGAGGAGGAUCCUGAUGUGCAGGAUAAAGUGUGGAUGAAUGAGGUGCUGGAGCUGUCCUAUGACAUGGAGGAUGCCAUCGAUGACUUCAUGCAAAGCAUCGGUGACAAGGACGAAAAGCCAGAUGGCUUCAUUGAGAAGAUCAAGAACUCACUAGGGAAGUUGGGGAAGAUGAAGGCUCGUUGUCGGAUUGGCAAGGAGAUCCAAGAUCUGAAGAAACAAAUCAAAGAGGUGGGUGAGAGGAAUGCAAGGUACAAGGGUCGUGAGACCUUCUCCAAGACGGUCAAUGCGACUGUUGAUCCUAGAGCUCUUGCUAUAUUUGAGCAUGCAUCGAAGCUCGUCGGAAUCGAUAAGCCCAAGGCUGAGAUAAUCAAGCUGUUAACAGAAGAGGAUGUUCGUGCUUCAGAGCAACAACAACAACAACAACUGAAGAUUGUCUCCAUCGUUGGAUCUGGAGGUAUGGGCAAAACAACUCUUGCAAACCAAGUGUAUCAAGAGCUCAAAGGACAAUACGAGUGUUGGGCUUUCGUCUCAGUUUCACGAAAUCCAGACAUGACCAAUAUCUUGAGAACCAUUCUAAGUGAAGUGGCUAAGAAAGAUUAUGGUUGUACGGAAGUGGGGAGUAUACAACAACUCAUCAACAAGAUCACUUAUUUCCUAGCAGACAAAAGGUACUUUGUUGUUGUUGACGAUAUAUGGGACGUGGAUACCUGGGAUAUUAUUAAGUGUGCAUUCCCUGCUACAAACUCUACCGGUAGAAUAAUCACGACUACCCGUAUAAACAAUGUCGCUCAUUCAUGUUGUUCAUCAUUCAAUGGCCGUAUUUAA